CGCCACAACGCCACUACCGCCAAAUCCAUUCGUCCGCGUGCAGCUCUUUGCAGUGUCGACGGACGCUUCCGGGGCCACACACAGAGGUAACUACUUUACCGUCUAAAGUUUCUACCUUUAUCUGUAUUCCCUCCGAAAUUGCCUCCCAUGGCGGAUGACAUAUUCGGCGAAGAUUUUCUGAAUUUGGAAGCGACCCACCAAAAGGAAGGUUUCGAGGAAGGCUACAGAGACGGCUUGGUCGCCGGAAAGGAGGAGGCGAAGCCGACGGGUGUCAAAACCGGGUUCGAGGUGGGCGAGGAGCUCGGGUUCUACAGGGGAUGCGUGGAUGUUUGGAACUCCGCGAUCCGGGUCGACCCAACGCGGUUCACGCACCGGGUACAGAAGGCGGUAAGGCAGAUGGAGGAGCUGAUUGAGAAGUACCCGAUCAUGGAACCGGAGGACGAGAGCGUGGGGGAUGUGAUGGAGGCUCUGAGGUUGAAGUUCCGGGCGGUUUGUGCUUCGUUGGGUGUGAAAUUGGAGUAUAAGGGGUACCCAAAAGGUGCUUCUGAGGCUACGGAGACGUCGUUUUGAGAGGGUUGUCGUCGUUUUGGUGGAAUUAGGGUUAAAGGUGGAAACUUUGGUUAUGGGGGAGUGUUAGUGUUCUUGAUAUGUAUUGAAAUUGCUUUUGGUUCUGGUGUGUGACUACUGACUAGUUUAGUCUAAAUUAGAAUAAAAUUGUACAGUUUUUUCGCCUUUCGAUUUUUUAGUCAUUUUGUUUGUGGCAAUGUUAUGAAUUUUGUUGUGUUGCACUUGUUGUGCAAGAAAUCUUUGAAAAUUUUAUCAGCAGAGCAUGGUUUAUUUCGAA